GUGCGUGUGUGUGUGUGUAGGUGAGAGACUUCUCGCUGGGCGAAGGCACGAAGCGUAUGCUGAACCGACGCGAGAAGCGCGGGGGGGGGCAGCCGGUUUACGGGGACGACAGCUAAAAUGGGAGCAGAGGAGAAUGAUGAUGACAACCGUGUAGCGACCACCGGAGACCCUACGAUCCGGCACUGAAGGUAGGACGGCGGCAGCCAUCCGUGGAUAUUGCCGAGCAGACAGAACCACGAAAAAAACAAAGGCAUUGAGAACGCACUGAAAUAGAGGAUCAGAGAAGGUGCCUCGCAUGCACCCAACAGGCCCCCUGUCGUACAAACCAUGACCAGCCCCCAGCCCCCCGGCGUGAGCAGCUACAACGCCACCCCCGGGCCCUGGGACCCGGCCCUGCCCGUGGCCGCCGGUGUCGGGGGGGGCCCUGUCUGGCUGUCGGUGGUGAACAGCGCGGUGAAGAUGGUGCUGAUCUCGGUGAUCGUGUGUCUAUCCCUGUUCGGCAACGUGGUGGUGCUGCUGGUCUUCCAGAGGAAGCCCCAGCUGCUGCACGUGGCCAACCGCUUCGUCCUCAACCUGCUGCUGGCCGACCUGCUCCAGACCGUGCUGGUGAUGCCCUUCGCCAUCGCCGCCACCCUGCCGGGCAUGUGGCCCCUGGACGCCCGCCUCUGCCAGGGCCUGGUGGUGCUCAUGCACCUGUUUGCCUUCGCCGGCGUCAACACCAUCAUCGUGGUGUCGGUGGACCGCUACCUGGCCAUCAUCCACCCGCUGUCCUACCCCACCCGCAUGACCCCGCACCUGGGCACCAACCUGAUCGCGGCCACCUGGGUGGUGAGCCUCAUCCAGAGCACGCCGCCGCUCUACGGCUGGGGCGCCAUCGACUUCGACCGCCGCCACAACGUGUGCUCCGUCAUCUGGUCAUCCAGCCUGUCCUACUCGCUGGCCGUGUGCGUCUUCUCCUUCUGGCUGCCCGUGCUGAUCAUGCUCGGCUGCUACUGGAUGGUGUUCCGGGCGGCGCGCCGGCAGAACGCCCUGGUGCACCCCGUCCAGAGGCACUCCCCGAACCCCCAGCCGCAGGAGGCCCCCCCGCCGCCGGUCCAGGCGCCCGGGUCGGACGCGGCGCCAUCCGCCGCCCCGCCACCGCCGCCGCCGCCCCCUGGGUACCAGGUGCGGGUGCGGCACAGACGCUUCCACUACCACUGCAAGGCGGCGCGGGUGGUGUUUGUGAUCAUGGCGUCGUACAUCGUGAGCAUGGGCCCCUACAGCGUGCUCAACACCGUGUCCUCGCGCUCAGGGGCCGCCGUGCCCCCCUGGCUGUCCUCGCUGGCGCUGGUGCUGUUCUUCGUGCAGUGCUGCCUCCACCCCUACAUCUACGGCUACAUGCACCGCAGCGUGAGGAAGGAGUUCCUGGCCCUGCUGUGCGGGCCCCUGUGCAGGCAGGGGGCCCCCAACCAGAUCUCCGCCAUGGAGAGCUGCCGGACGGCCGCCGACGGGCGCUCCGGCCCCCAGGGGGGCCUGGUCCCCGGCCUGGCCAAGCGCGUCUUCCCCCUGCACACGUGGGAGGAGGUGACCACGUCCUCCUCCCCCACCUUGGACAGGAGGUCGAGGGACAGCCGCAAGGAGACCACCUCCGUCAGCCUGAGCCCGGAGAGGGAGGUCCCUGUGGGGAACGCCUGAAGCUACGACCUGCAGCUAGGACUCUCGCUCCCAACCAUCAGGAUAUACGUGUCAUGUUGUGUUUCGUUUUGUUUGUACAUUUUUAGUUGCCUCUGUUAUUGAGGCGGUUGUGAGAAGAAGAAAAAAAACAGAACAUGAAAGAGCGCGUCUCAAUGGGUCUACUGUUCAAUUUGUCGUAGUUGAUGUGUUAUGUAUAUCAUUUUUGCGGGCCAAUGUGUGUCCUCAUGACAGUUCUCUAUUUAAAUCAAUGUUUUGUAUAUUUUCAUAUAGAUGCAGUCGUAAUCGGUUAUCGAUUGAACCAGCCAUGCAUAGGUCUGUUACCUUUAUAUGUUGCAGCGUUGUUGAAAUCCAGGCUCAAGUUUACGUUGUGAAAAGAUGUUGCUGUAAAUAUGGGCCUUUAUGCUAAAGUAGAGAUUUUCGGGGAUUAUCGUCUGCUAUGAUUUGAUAAUCAUGGACUCGCCUGCCGAGGUUCAGAGAUGACAUCUGCUUCGUCACCUCUGAAUCUCAGCUAUCUUCACCUCAGAUAUCAUCUCUCUUUGUGUCAGUGAAAGCAAGCAAACUUGUAAAGCAUAUAAACUCAGGGUAUUAAUGUUCAAAUGUUGAGUGGCCAUGUUUUUAAGCAUAUUCUGAAAUGUGUCAGUCACACUGCCGUGUUUGUUACAUCCAUUCUUAUUUUUGUUUUUUUUUACCCAAACAAAUUUCAAGGUGGAAAACAUCUAUCUGAGCAAACAAGAAAUUAUAGAAAUUUGCCUUAGUCAUUCUCAAAAGGAGGGGUAGGAUGUGCCUCAUCUGUGACAACGCCAUGGUUAACCCUAAGAACAAUGGCCGCCUUCAAAAGAAUACACUGACAAUGACCACAAGUGCAUUGAAAAUUACGCCAAAAGAAACCAAAAAGUGAAACCACACAAGUCCAACUAGUCAUUUGUGAAAUCGGCAUGCAGUUGGAUGUUUUUCUUAAAACAAAUAGAUUUCCAUGCCAUAAUGGAUCCCUUUGAAGACAUAUGGCAAAAUAUACCUCAUACCCGUUUUCUAUUUUGCAUCAAACCAGAGUUUUUAUAGUGUUGUGUACCCUCACAUAUAUAACGGACUGAUUGCUGAUGUACAGUACAUACCAUUACCUCAAGGCCCAUUUGAGAAAAAGGCAAUCUAUUGAACUGAAGUGGUAGAAGGCGUGGUCGCCUCAUCUUUUGAUUAGAGCUAAGUGAUGUACCCUGAUUGAAAGUCUGUUAAGGUAGAGGGAAACAAUAAAAAAAACGGCACUUUGGGGCACAAAGUGCAAAGGAAGAUGGCAUUUCUGCAAGAUGCAGAAUGAGCCAUAGACAUGCUACAGAUAUAUAUAUAUAACAUUUUAAUUUAUCAUUUUUUGGUCCACUAAAAAAGCUUUUGAAAAGGCUUCCUACAGCACUGAAUAUUUUAAGAUAAGCUCGUAUGAAAUUAGCAUAGAAGAAAAAAGUUACAUUGACAAAUGUCUACAACGAAGGCAUGUGGUUUUCUUUGGAGAUAAGAAAAAAAUAUUUGAUAUUAGGACCAAACUGUUUUAAAUUAUUUAAUGAAUCAUACAGGCCUUACAUCACCAUAAACGCAAGGAUAUAUGUAUUGCUUAUGUACUGUACAUAAAGAAUUUUGGAAGUGCUUUUAUAGUAUAUCUGGGUUAGUUCAAUAAUUGUAUUUUCUUUCAAUCGUCUGUAUAGAACUCAUUAAAUUAAUCAGAUGUGUAAAAUGUAAGAUACAUCUUUCUACCAUAUCCACUUGACUGAUCCCCAGCCAUGUAUAACUAAUUUCGUGAAUAGUGUUGACUUACCUUUAUAACCUCCAGAUCACCAGCUCAAACCGUGUCAAAGAAAUAAACCGAAGCAUACUUUUCCAAAUAAGUAUUUAUCAUUUGUAAAAAUGUUACCAGCAGGGGGUGCCAAACCCACACAGUCCACACUGCUAUUAACAACGGAAGAAGAAUCUGCAUUUCAGGUAUUUGUAACUCAAAGUGUUCGCGAACAUCGCUGUGCCGUGUACUUCAUUAUUCUUCAAUCUCUAUUGCGAUGAACCCCUUGACAAACGUUCCAUGGUCCCCAAGAGGUCACACUAACCUCCUACAAUAAAAACAUGUCAUUUUAAAUAAAAAGGCAGGAAUGGAAAAACAAUGUAGAGCGAUCAUGGUUAUAGAGAGACCUCAUUUAUGAAAUUAC